GUGGCUUCCGGCCCCAGGUCUGUAGGCGGCGGUGGCCUCGGUUCCUCUCGGGCAGGGUCUGUGUGCGCUUGACCUUGCAGGAGAUGGUGACCUUCAGGGACGUGGCCGUGGUCUUCUCCGAGGAGGAGCUGGGGCUGCUGGUCCCCGCACAGAGGAAGCUGUACCGCGAAGUGAUGCUGGAGACCUUCCGGAACCUGCUCUCCGUGGCACACCAGCCCUUCAAACCCGACCUGAUAGCCUGGCUGGAGAGAGAAGGAAAGGUCCCGGUGGUGGAGAGAGCAGCCUGGAGCCCUGGGAGCCCAGGAGGCAAGAAUCAACACGGGUCGGAAUGUAUUCAAGAAACGGGACUCGGCCACCUUCCCUCGUUCAGGGAGCCUUGUGCCUGGCGGACCUGGCAGCCAGCUGCAGGCGCGUUAGCCACGGGCCCAGAUUCCACACAGACUUCUCCAGGGAAGACUUUGCAGCUCCAGGAUGCAGGAGAUGCCCCUGUCUGCGGGGUUUGCCCAGAAAUACCAGCAGUGCAGAUUUCUGAAGAUGGCAGCUACCUAUGGACUCACACUGGGCACGGCUCCCACGAUGCAGAAAACCCAGCGUCUUCCUGUUGGCCGUCCCAGCCUCCUUGGAGGAGAACAUGUCUGGCAGGGUCACGGAACCAUCGGUGUCAAUGUCCACGAGUUUCCAUGGAAACUCGCUCUGCAGAGGGUGACAGUGGCACCCGUUGGAUCUCCCAUCCGGAGCAUAAUGUGCCAGGGCGAAGCCACUCUUACCAUGACUGUGGAGAAGAUCCCAUGAAGGCAUCAUUACUGCCCCAGCCCCCAAGGCAAACGGGACAGAAGCUGGGUCUGUGCCCUGAGCGUCUGCAAGGCGACCAGGACAACAACAGGUCUGGCGUCCGUCCGAGGUUUCACUUGGAGGGGAGGCCUGGCACAUGCCAGUGGUGUGGCGAUGACUGUGCCUGUGGCUCAGUGCGUGCGCAUCCAAGCCUCGCGAGAGGAGGCACAGAUGUCAGGGAGAGCUCACCGCUGGCAGCUCCACGGAGCGUGCCUGCCCAGGACCAGCUGUGCGCAUGUGGCGAGCGCAGGGACAGCUCCCAUCAGCUGGCCUCUGCUAGCGCUCAGGAGCGCCUCUGCGCAGGAGAGGCGGCCUGUCGGUGCCGCAGCUCCGGGAGAGCCUGCCCUCCUCACUUAGACCACGGUGGCAUCUUCAGGGUCCACGCUGUGGUGGAACCCCGUGGGGCUGAGAUCGGGGAUGUCCAUGAACAGAACACCUGUUUCCACGCCCCUCAGAGAAGUCACCGAGUGGGGAAGGAGUGCAUGGCUGUGGAGUGUGGAGAGGGGCACGCGUGCAGUUCAAACACGAACACUCAACGUGGAGAUGGCUCAGUGGAGAAGCCCUCCUAUGACCCUGAGGAGCGCAGUGAUGUUCUCAGGCUCACCUCCCGCGUUCUAGACCUCCCCACAGUCGACCUCAGGGACCAGCCAUGCAGGUAUUACAUGUACAGUAAGCACUUGGGUCAGAACUUGUAUUCUCAAGGCCAUGAGAAAAUUCACCUUGGAGAGAAACCUUGCAAGGAGUGUGGUAAAACUCUCAGCUGGGGUUCAAGCCCCGAGGCUCACCAGGAAGCCCACCCCGGGCCGAAGCCGCACACAUGCAGCGCCUGCGACAAGGGCUUCAGCCACAAGUCUGUCCUCCACGUCCACCAGCAAGGGCACACGGGCGAGAAGCCCUUCAAGUGCGCCGAGUGCGAGAAGUCGUUCCGCCGGAGCGCCUACCUCCAGGCGCACCAGCGGGUGCACACGGGGGAGAAGCCGUUCAAGUGCGCUGAGUGCGGCAAGGGCUUCAGUCGCAACGCCUACCUGCAGGGCCACCAGCGAAUCCACACGGGCGAGAAGCCCUUCAAGUGCGAGGCGUGCGGCAAGGGCUUCAGCCGGAGCUCCCACCUGCAGGGCCACCAGCGGGUGCACACGGGCGAGAAGCCCUACAAGUGCGCCGAGUGCGGCAAGCGCUUCAGCUGGAGCUUCAACCUGCAGAUCCAUCAGAGGAUCCACACCGGUGAGAAGCCCUACAAGUGCGCCGAGUGCGGCAAGGGCUUCAGCAAGGCGGCCACGCUCCUGGCCCACCAGAGGGUCCACACUGGUGAGAAGCCGUACCGCUGCGAGGAAUGCGGGAAGCGCUUCAGCCAGCGGGCCUACUUGCAGAGCCACCGGAGCGUCCACUCUGGAGAAAGGCCACAUGUGUGCGAACUCUGCGGGAAGGGCUUCAGCCAGCGGGCGUACCUGCAAGGUCACCAGCGGGUCCACACCAGAGUGAAGCCGUACCAGUGCGCCGUGUGCGGCAAGGGCUUCAGCCAGAGCUCGCGGCUGGAAGCACAUCGGCGAGCGCACGCCGGCGGGAAGCCCUAUAGGUGUGCCGUGUGCACCAAGGGCUUCAGCGAGAGCGCGCGCUUGCAGGCGCACCAGCGGGUGCACGCGGCAGGGCGCCCCUACAAGUGUGAGCAGUGCGGGAAGGGCUUCAGCGGCUACUCGAGCCUACAGGCCCACCACAGAGUGCACACAGGCGAGAGACCCUACACAUGUGAGGUGUGCGGGAAGGGCUUCAGCCAGAGAUCUAACCUGCAGGCCCACCAGCGGGUGCACACGGGCGAGACGCCCUACCAGUGUGACGCCUGCGGGAAGGGUUUCCGCUGGAGCUCGGGACUACUGAUCCACCAGAGGGCGCACGGUGGGGAGAAGGGAUGCGCCCCGGGGCAGUGCGCGCAGGCCUUGGCUGCACCCCAAGUCUGCGCGCAAGUCAAGGCCUGUGAAACACAAGCCCCAGAGCGGGAGCUGAUACUCAGUCAGCUCUAACAGUUAAAAUAAAAAGUUUCGGGGGAACAUUUUAGGGGAUUGGAAAAGCACCGCUUCUCUCCAACCUCAGCACUCAGGAGCCCACCCGGCAGAGACCUCCGAUGCAAAGGAGCUGUGUCAGAACUUGGUCACCGCGCACGGAGCUGGAGCUCUGGAUGUGCGAGUGUGGCCAGGAACUGAACAAAGUACAGUCAACAGGCCGAGGUUCCUGUCCAGUGAAAUAAAAGUCCACCGAGGAAGGGAUUUUGUUCCUUGCUAGGGCUACAAAACUCAGUGAAGAUUUUGCUAAAGGAGUAAAAGAAUGUAAAAUAUGUAUCAUGUUGGAAGAUUUUAUUAGACUCACUUAAAAAUUAUUUUAAAAGUAUUUGGAGGAGAACUGUGAGUUCUUGAUAUAACUUC